UGACGUAUGAGACAAACAGCGGAGAGAUGCCGAGGUGCGGGCCCGCGUCGAUGAGCCCUCGCGAGCCGCUCUCGUCCGUCGCGGUUUUGGCGGAGCCGAAACGUCGGACGCGGUGUCGUCGGCCACGUUGAUCGCGGAGGGUCGCCGAGCGUGGGCCUUCGCGUCCGACGGACGCGCGACAUUUACAUACAUCACGGCGCCGCCGAGAGACAGUGCGGCCGACAAGAGCGGGCUCACCGAUACAGCCGGAGAUCAAUUGUUGUAUUCGGGCACCGUUAUCAGUAUCGAUCGGCGGAAAUCUCGCGUCAACGAGAGGUAUCUCGUCUGAUCUGCUCAUUUUGGACGCUUGUCGCACUAUUAUUAUCGUCGGAUGAGCGACAUUGCCCGCGGCUGUUACCGGGGCGCGUGUGAAGACUCAAGAGACGCUGGAUUGGGAGGUGGACCAAGUGCCCGAGUCAUGCGUCAAGCCGUGCGAACGUAUGCGAAAGGAAACGUAUAAAAUUGUGACUUUUGCGCGCGACUGACCUGGUUGAGUAAGACUGGUCGGAAGUCUCAGCCUGAAAAUGUCGGGCGGCGAGAGGAAGAAGAGAGGAUGCGACCGAGGGCACGGAUGGGAGGAGGCCGGUGCCGAGUUCUAUCAGGAGAGCUAUCCGGCGGCCAUGGAGGCGGAUCUGCAGCAGGCGCUGCAGAGGGAUCCCUCGCACAUCGCAACCUUGCUUCCCAGCAAGAAAUCCCGCGUCGCCACGGCGAAACGGAUUCGCAACGACACGAAAAUGACGUUGAGGAGGCGCACGAGCACCAGAUCGCGUGGCACCACGACCUCGAGGCGUAUGUCGACCACCAUACACGACGCGGCCGUGUCGAUGCUGCCAGAUCUGUCGGAGAACCUGUCCAACGAGGAGCGCACCUGGGAGGAAAUCAUGCAGAUCAAGGCUAUGCCCGUGUGCAUGUCUCAGAAGAUACAGUUGAAGAACCAGUUACAGAGCGCUACGAAACUAAGACUUCAGGGCUUCGAGCAGCUCAAGUGGCAGCGCAGAAAAGCCUGGCAGCAAUUUCGCAUCAGGAUGAAGGAAGCCUACUCCAAGAUGGAGCUGUGGAACAACAGUCUCAAGAAGAUAGGCGGUAACUUUGGGAUGGGCAUAGUCGCGUACUUCCUGUUCAUCAAGUGGCUCAUGUAUCUUAAUCUGCUCUUGUUCGCGAUUAUAUUCCUGCUGGUGGUGUUGCCAGCGAUAGUGCUGGAGGUGCCGGAGAACGAGACGUGCUCGCCUAACAACACCGCCAGCGUGGCCUGCUGCUCCGAGUUGUACAAAAACAAGAUCAACGAAAGCAGCAGUAUAACCAAGAUCGUGCAAGACGGCGGUAUACUAGAGUACAGUCUGCUGUUUUACGGCUCGUACACGCACAAAAUCUACGAGAGCAUGGGCGCCAAUUUCUACUACAAUUCGCCGCUCUCCUACGUCUGCGCCAUCAUCAGCGUCUUCAUCGUCAGCUUGGUAGCGAUCGUACGAUCGGCGGCCAAGGGUUUCAGGGAGCGAGUCGUGGAGGGCGAGGGUCAGUUUUACCGGUACUGCAAUCUGGUGUUCGGCGGCUGGGAUUACUGCAUUAACAACGAAAGAUCGGCCUCGAUAAAGCACAAGGCACUGUAUAACGAGAUGAAGGCGUUUCUGGAGUCGGAGAGGCUGGAGGAGGAGCGGCGAAGCCGCACGCCGGAGGAGGAGGCCAAGUUGUUCUUCAUGCGCCUCUUCGUUAAUCUGAUAAUCCUCACGGUAUUGGCCGGCUGCGGCAUAUUCAUUUAUUACAUAAUCGACUUCUCGUUCACCCAGGUGUCGGCGCACCUGGCGAAAGACUACGAGAUAUUAAAUCUGUUCUUCGAAUUCCUUCCGUACAUAUGUAUCGUCGGGCUUAACGUGGCGGUGCCGUUCCUCUUUCGCUACCUGGUCGCCCUGGAACGUUACAGUCCGUCUUACGUCGUUAAAGUGACGCUAUACAGAACCAUGUUCUUCAGAUUCGCCUCCCUCGCCGUUCUAUUAACGUCUCUGUACAAGCUCGUCGCGGGCAGAAUCCCGGACAACGAAUGCGCCAGCAGAAAGAACGAGCAGCCGCUGUGUUGGGAAACGUUCGUGGGACAGCAGUUCUUCAAGCUCUACACCACCGACAUUUUCAUCCAAUUUUUCAUGACGUUCUUCAUCAACUUUCCACGCUCGUUGAUCGCGCGCCACACCGAGAACAAGGUGUUGCGCUUCGUCGGCGAGCAGGAGUUCGACUUGCCCAAGCACGUGCUGGACAUCUUCUACUCGCAGACGGUCUGCUGGCUCGGCUGCUUCUACGCCCCGCUGUUACCCAUGGUCGCCGUCGUCGGGACGUUCUUGCUGUUCUACAUAAAGAAAUUCACUUGCCUGGUGAAUAGCACACCGUCGAACAAGAUUUACCGCGCCAGCAGGUCGAACUGCCUGUUCAUGUUCAAUCUGCUCAUCUCCUUCAUCCUGGCGGUGAUACCGGUCGGCUACUCCAUCGCGGAGAUCAUGCCGUCGAAAUCGUGCGGGCCGUUCCGGGGAUUGGAGUCCGUGUGGAUGUUACUGAUCAUGACGUUCGCGCAGUUUCCCAAUUGGCUGCAGUCGAUUCUAUCCUUCCUGGGCACGGCCGCCUUUGGUAUACCGGCAUUCGUCGUCCUCUCUCUGCUUCUCUACUACUAUUACGUCAUGUGGCUGGCGAACAAGCACAUGGUGACAGUAUUGAAAAAUCAACUGGUAUUAGAGGGCCACGACAAGCAAUUCUUACUCAACAGGCUCAGCGCCUUCAUCAAGCAGCAACAGGAUCAGAACAAGUUUCAGCAGGAGCAGGCCAACGAGUUAGGCACAUUUCAGCAUGUAUAAAUGAUAUAAAACUUGAUUUGAUAUUCUUAUGGAUGUACAAAUUUAGUGGAAGCCGUUUUUAAAUCGCGCGCAACCGAUGAAACCGUCGCGUCGGUUCGAACGCGAGUCAUUUUGCUUACGAUUUUUAUAGGUUUUGCUUACCGAAACGUAAGACUGUCGACUUUGUCUUUUUUAUUAUCGUAUUACACACGAGUGGCACUUAUAUAAUAGUUUUUUGAUAUUCUACCGAAUUGGAUAAAAGCUACGACAAGGAGCGCCGGACAAUAUACGAGCAAAUUAAUACGUAUCUCACAUACUGCCUGUUGCGGUGUUUUGCGUCUUUGUACAAUACUUUUUGAGAAUUGAAUGUAUCAAGCCCGUAUCAGACUACGGAUUGAGAUUAAGAUUAGAUGGAAAUUUCACCAGAGUACAGUUUACUAAUCUCAAAUUUAACGAAUUUUACUCUGAUUGGUAUACUUCAUCAGAUUGCCAGUAUUGAUAUAAAUAAAAUUUCAAAUUUCAAUCGACCUCUUGUAUGUAAGACAUUUACUCCUAGAUCUCACUUGAAAAGGACCUAAACCAAAGGUCGAAACGUUGUGAAGGCGUAUUCAAUAGAUGUGGACAGCUGAGGUCGAUUGGAAUUUGAAAUUUUAUUUACUCUGACUAGUCAAAUUUCAGUCUAAUCAAUCUCAACUCGUAGUCUGAUACGGGCUUUACAGUUACGAUCACUGCCACAAACGAAUUAGUUUUCGCGUAUUUUUAGAUUAGUUUUGAGGAACUUCAAACGGGACAUAUCUCACAUUCUAGGAAACUCAAUCGUCUCAUGUAUAUGAAAAUGCACAUCUGAGAUCAGGGUACAAAGGAAAGAAUAAAAAAAAAACGAAGAGAUACGGUGUUGUGUGGGAGCGUUAUGCAAUAGCGAAAGAAAUCGUGAAUUAUUUAAGUAUUCAUUGAUUCCGUAUAAUUUGAUGAAUAUCUACAAAUUGUAUGACCACACGCGUAAUUGAAGAUCUACUUUAGAACGUAAUCCUCGUCGGGAAUAACAUAUUAUAAGAUAAUGUGAUCCUAUGUAUGUCUAGCUUAAACAGAUUAAAUCGUUAAGAGAGCCCAGCGAGAAAUGAUUCGUCGGUCGAUGUCGAAUCGUUUCAACGAAUCACUUCUCACUGGGAGAAAACGGGCAGAGCGAUCGGUCUGCCUGUGUCCGCCACUCGGGUGGGAACCUUCCUAGUUCGCCCGAGGCUUCGUCUCGCUGGCCCCAAUUCGAACGGGUGGGUGCCCGCCCGAUUUAUACGCAAGAAGUGAUUAAAAUAUGUUUAGCUAAAUACACGAAAAACGGCAGCAAGACUUACGUCCUCUCUAUAGGACGUGCGUAUACUUCCCCCAACUUUACGAGUAAACGUUAGAGAGCUUUUGCAUAAGCGAAACCAAGUGACACAUGCAGCGGACCUAUUUUCUAGCGUAGUCCCUUAGACGUUUGUAAUGUAAUAGGUCUUACUGUAAAUAGGUCCUCUAGAGCCUAUGAGAAUUUAUUUUACUAGCGAUAUCUAUAGUAAGCGUCGGGGAAAAUGAGAGGUAUUUUAUUAUAGUUAUCGUUUCGUUAUCGAGGCUUUAAUAAUUUAGUGUGUAGGAAACGAACGAACGCGCGUGAGAAUUCCAUGUAUACAUACACAUUCGGGAUUUUUUAAUUGUAUAAAUCUCGUAUACCUCAGUAUUGUUAUCUGACGCCAAAGAUAAUUCAGAUUGAGACUGUAAUAAUUUACUUAUUUCAGGUAUUAACGCGAGAAAUAUUGUAAAUGUACUUCGUUACGCACAACCUUAUCGUUGCCGCGCGACUCUUCACGUAACGCAGAGGAACGUCUUUCAUUUUAGCGUACGUUUAGAAGUCAAUUUUGUAAGCCUCGUGCACGGAAUACACGCUGUCGCAGAUCGGACCCUUUGGCCUAAAAUAAUUCAAUGCACAUACACGCCGCGUGCCGGGAAAUGUAUUUUGUAAAUCUCACAUUUGUAUAAUUAAGACAGCACGUACGGAUGCUCAGACAUCCUUCCCCAUACAGCACAAAUUGUUACAGAAAGGUUUCAGAAAGAUUUCAAAAUUAUUUCAAUAUUUUGAAAUUUUAAAAGAUGACUCAGUAGUCAAUCAUUGCUUUAUUAUACUUUUACAAAAGUUGUAAGUUGAUGGGCUACCGUGUCGUCUUUUGCAGCGCGGCAAGCAUUUCAACGUUCCAUAUAUGUGACUCAAAAGACGAGAAAAAUCUUUUUGUAAUAUUCGCAUUAUUUUUUCAAAUUUAUUGCAUAUGAUAGAUUUCUGAAACAUUUCUGUUGCAUUAUUUUAUAUGACAUAUUGCAGAAUUCUGUCAGAAAUGUUGAGCAUGAAAUGUGAAAUAUCGAAAUAAUUUUGAAAUCUUUCUGCAACAAUUUGUGCUGUAUGGGUCCUUAAUUUAUCAUAGACGUCACAAGCCCUAUCGACGGCACUAUAUAAAUGCAUUUAAUAUAAAAUCGAAUAUAAAGUUGUGUAAAACAUAUAAUCUUAUGUAAAACAGAUUUAUGUCCCCGGGAGGAAUUCGCUGAGCACGCAUUUACAAUUAAACGAGAAGCAAUCAAGUCCACAGAGGUAUCUUGAGUAGGCAGCUCCGUUUCCUUUGAAUGUCGCCGCUAAUUAGAUUACGAUAAAUGCCACCGCUAUCUUCUCUUUACGCAUCUUAGUCGUAGAUUCUUAUGCCCACUAUCAUAGUUCAUACGGUCAUUAUCUGUGGCGUAACCGCGUAAUGACGUAAAAAUAAAUCUGUUAUACAAAACGCCUUUAUUAUAUUUCUCUUUUCCAGGUAUAAAAAUGUCACGUCCAACGGGAACAUACUCUUGUUUUAUAAGUUAUGUUAAAAUAAUCUUCUCUUAACGCCGCUUAUGCGUCUGACGAGUGUAACUGAAAAUUAUUAAAGAAAUGUAUUAGAACGA